AUGGCUGCGCGUAGAGCCGCGAAUUCGACCAUCGGCGCGCACCUUCGCUCCUCCUUCAUCCGCCUCUCACGCACCUUCAACCCACCAUGCGUUGCUGACGUGUCACCACAUUGUCCAUCAUCCGCGAUCCCGUCAACCGCCAAUUUUUCGCAACGCACGGCGGGUCGCAUUCAAUCCCCACCGCUGUCGUCGGCGGCUCCGAUCUCUGAUCGGAUCCGGAACUUCUCCAUUGUCGCCCACGUGGACCACGGGAAAUCCACGCUGGCAGACCGCCUGCUGGAGCUGACAGGCACGCUCACGCCCAGCGACACCAAGGGGCAGGCGCGCCCACAGUACCUGGACAAGCUGCAGGUGGAGAGGGAGCGAGGCAUCACAGUGAAGGCACAGACCGCCACCAUGCUCUUUGACUUCCACCCAUCGGCACCUACUGGAGGAGACCAGUCUGGUCCCGGUCCUCCUCCCGGGCGCUACCUGCUGAAUCUGAUUGACACGCCCGGCCACGUGGACUUCAGCUACGAGGUGUCUCGCUCGCUGGCCGCCACGCAGGGCGUGCUGCUGCUGGUGGACGCGCAGCAGGGCAUCCAGGCACAGACCGUCGCGAAUUUCUUUCUCGCUUUGGAAGGAGACUUGGCCAUCGUACCCGUUGUGAACAAGAUUGACAGGCCCGAUGCCGAUCCCCAAGCUGUCGCGGCUCAGAUCGCCUCCACCUUCGACCUGCCUCGCGCCUCCUGCCUCUUCACCUCAGCCCGCACUCUCCCUUCCCUUGUCCCUCCACUCCCCCCAUCCCCCCUCUCAGCUGUUGCUGCCCAAAUCGCCUCCACCUUCGACCUGCCUCGCGCCUCCUGCCUCUUCACCUCAGCCCGCACUCUCCCUUCCCUUGUCCCUCCACUCCCCCCAUCCCCCCUCUCAGCUGUUGCUGCCCAAAUCGCCUCCACCUUCGACCUGCCCCUCACCUCCUGCCUCUUCACCUCGGCCCGCAUGGGAGCCGGCCUGCCCUCUCUCCUCUCCGCCAUCGUGCGCCAGAUACCACCUCCCCCAGGCGACCCUGCCGCGCCGCUGCGCGCGCUGCUAUUGGACGCGCACUUUGACGAGUACAGGGGCGUGGUGUGUCACGUGGCAGUGGUUGAUGGGGCAAUCAGGGAGGGGGAGAAGGUGGCGGUGGCAGGCAUGGGGAUGAGCUACGAUGUGGGGGAGGUGGGGGUGAUGUACCCUGAAGCAACGCCCACUGGCUGUUUGCUUACUGGGCAGGUGUGUGCGCGGGUGAAUGUGUGUGUGGGAGAGAGGGUGGCGGUGGCAGGCAUGGGGAUGAGCUAUGAUGUUGGGGAGGUGGGGGUGAUGUACCCUGAAGCAAUGCCCACUGGCUGUUUGCUUACUGGGCAGGUGUGUGUGCGGGUGAAUGUGUGUGUGGGAGAGAGGGUGGCGGUGGCAGGCAUGGGGAUGAGCUAUGAUGUUGGGGAGGUGGGGGUGAUGUACCCUGAAGCAACGCCCACUGGCUGUUUGCUUACUGGUCAAGUGGGGUAUGUGAUGCUGGGCAUGCGGACAACGCAAGAAGCAAGGGUGGGUGACACGAUCCACCACCACAAGGCGCAGGUGUCGCCCCUCCCGGGCUUCAGGGCGGCGCAGCACAUGGUGGGGUAUGUGAUGCUGGGUAUGCGCACGACUCGAGAAGCAAGGGUAGGCGACACCAUUCACCACCAUAAAUCCCAAGUGUCGCCCCUACCGGGCUUCAGGGCGGCGCAGCACAUGGUGUUUGCGGGGGUGUUCCCGGCCGAUGGGUCUGACUUUGAGGCGCUGGCCAAGGCGGUGGACAAGCUGGUGUGCAACGAUGCCAGCGUGGCCGUGACAAGAUACAGCAGUGCUGCACUGGGGGCUGGAUUCAGGUGCGGCUUCCUGGGUUUGCUCCACAUGGACGUGUUUCACCAGCGCCUGCAGCAGGAGUUUGGAGCCGAGGUCAUCUCAACCGCUCCCUCCGUGCCUGCCAUCUUUGAAUACGCUGACGGCACUCGCAUAGAAGCCCAGGGUCCAUCCGACAUCCCAUCUGUCCCGAAGCAGCGAGUGCUUCGCUGCACCGAGCCCUUCGUGCUCGCUACCAUCGUGACUCCCUCCAAGUACGUGGGACCUAUCAUGGACCUCUGUGCGAGCAGGAGGGGCGAGCAGAAAGAGUACUCGUUUAUUGAUGGCGACCGGGCCAUGCUGCGCUAUGACAUGCCGGUGAGGGAGGUGGUGAUGGAUUUCUACAGCCACCUCAAGAGCAUCUCGUCAGGGUUCGCGACGUUUGACUACGAAGAUGCCGGCAUGAGGGAGGCGGAUCUGGUGAAGGUGGAUGUGCUGCUGAAUGGCAAGCCAGUGGAUGCGCUGGCAGCCAUCGCCCACAGAGACGCGGCGCAGCGCAUGGGCAGGAAGCUGGUGGAGCGCCUCAAAGGGGUGCUCGACAGGCAAAUGUUUGAGGUGGUUAUCCAGGCUGCUAUUGGCGCUAAAGUGAUCGCAAAUCGGAUCGGAGCGGUCAUGGGAUCGCCGUCGGUGAUGGAUGAGGUGCGGAAGGUGAUGGCGAUGGUGACGGAGGGCAACGAGCAGCUGCAGCAGGCGCAGGAGCAGGCCUCCGCCGCCAUUCGCGAGACCACCGCGGCCGCGCGGCAGCAAAUGGCGGUCAUGGAAGCUGCAGCGUCGGAGCAGCUGCUGGAAGCGAAGGCGUCCCUUGAGGUGGCUCGUGAGGUGUACACACAAUACGAGGACGUUUUCUUCCACCACCUCAAGAAGCAUCGCGUUGCCUCGUCUGCAGCGCUGCUCUCUGCCCUCGCUUUUAUCCUUCCAGGGCCACGCAAGAUGCUGUAUAGGGCAACAUUUGGCCGGUUCCAAACUCCAGAGGUGCUGGUGGAGUCAGCCGAGCUCAAGCUGGAAAGGUUUGGAGCAGUUAGUGGAGGUGAAUGGAGGUUAACGCAAGUGCUGGUGGAGUCAGCAGAGCGCAAGCUAGAGGGCUUGAAGCAGUCGGUGGAAGUCUUUAAGAACGACACCAAGAAGCUGCAGUCAGAGUUCCUGUCAGGCCGAGACAAGCUGAAGGCUGCAGGGGCUGAGAUGCAAAGGCUGGCAGGGACGGUACGAGCAGCAGAGAAGAAGUCACUGGGGCUUCGUGAGCUACUAAAAGACCUGCCUGCAAGAGACAGCGUUCGGCUGCGAUCAGAGCUGGCCAUGGCAACCCGAGAGGCUCAACGUCAAUUGCAUGCCAUUAACAAGACAACUGUGCAUGUGGCUCGUCUCGGCAUCCCUAUCUAG